AUGAGACUCAUCAUUCCUGUCACUAACACUACUGAGAUACCAGAGCUUAUAGUGUGGAUAGAAACACUGAGUUCAGUCGAAAACAGCAAAUACAGAUUGUGUGGAUUACAGUGUUACUCCAGUAGAUGGAGACAAGUGGAAAAGGUGUUCAUCGUUCUGUACAGAGAAUAUAAUGUGGAUGGAGGUAAAGAGGAUCUGUUUGAUAUCAAUGAAGAGGCUGGUCUUGAUCUUUUCGAGGGAGAUAUUGCAUAUGAUGAGAGUUUGGGGAGAAACUCUAUAAUCGGAGAUGAAUACAGAUGGCCAAAAGUGAUUCCUUAUUACCUUGAGGAUGAUUUGGAUAUUAAUGCAAAAGGCGUGAUCCUGAAGGCGUUUGAACAGUAUCGCCUGAAGUCAUGCAUCGACUUCAAACCCUGGAGUGGAGAACAAAACUACAUCUCUGUGUUUAAAGGCAACGGCUGCUUCUCAUCGGUGGGGAACCGGCGGUCACGCUCCGACCGAGACGACUAUGUCUCCAUCAUCUGGGACCGCAUUACUGAAGGCAAGGAGCAUAACUUCAACAAGUACAACGACAGCACAUCCGGUGCCCUGAACGUUCCCUACGUCUACGGAUCCAUGAUGCAUUACAGCAAGAAAGCCUUCCAGAAGGGCUCGGAGCCCACCAUCGCCCCCAGGAUCCCGGCCUUCAGCGACGUGAUUGGUCAGCACAUGGAGUUCAGCGACAGCGACCUGCUCAAACUCAACCGACUCUACAACUGCUCCAGCUCCUCUACAUUUCUGGACUCCUGUGACUUUGAGUCGGAGAACAUCUGUGGAAUGAUCCAGAGCCGUGGGAAUGAAGACAACACAAACUGGCAGCGUGUUUCCAAAGCCGCAGGUGGACCAGACACCGACUACACCAACAUGGGACGCUGUGACGGAAAGGGUUACUUCAUACACUUCAGCACAGCGAGCGGGCCGCAGGGGAACAGGGCUCUGCUGGAGAGCAGGGUUCUCUAUCCCAGCCGGGGAUUCCAGUGUCUGCAGUUCUUCCUCUAUAACAGCGGCCACACUAAUGACCGGCUGAGGAUCUGGACCGAGUACGACACGACAAACCCAGACGGGAUCCUGCAGCUCAUUCACGAGGUUAAAGCUCCUCCUGGUGACCAGUGGCAGCUCCAUCACGUCAGCCUGAACGUCUCCAGAAAGUUCCGAGGGGUUUUUGAAGGAAUCAAAGGGAGCGGGUACGCCGGUGGACUCUCGCUGGACGACAUCAACCUCUCAGAGACCAGUUGUCCUGAACACGUGUGGAGGAUCGAGGACUUCAGGAGCGUCCUGGAGAACACACCGAUGGGUGCCGCCAUAUACAGCCCACGCUUCACAUCUAAAGACGGCUACAGCUUCCAGAUGGGCCUGUAUCCCAACGGAUCAGCGGGAUCCCCGGGAGAGCUGGGAGCGUACGCUCACCUGACAUCAGGAGCGGGAGCGCUGGAGGACGGUCUGCUCUGGCCUGCUCCAUGGAAGCUGAUGGACCAGAGCGCAGACACUGACCCCAGCAUGACUCACCAAGGGACUGAAGAUUUCUUCUGGGACGAUCCGCGUAAAGUAGGUGUGAAGGUAACCGGAGACGAUGGGACGGAGUAUUUCCGUGGUCCUGGCGCUGGAACGCCGGUGUUCCUGACACAGGCCAGAGCACUGAGCCGAGACUUCAUCAAGGGAGGAGACGCCGUCUUCCUGCUCACUAUGGAGGAUAUCUCUCAUCUGGUAGCUUCACAGCCCUUGCCUUCCACAACCAGCAGCCCACCGAACUCAACCUCGUCUGUAACACGGGACCCUGACGGCAGCGUGACCCCUGUGACCUCUGUGACCCCCAGCGCCGCUCCUGACCCGUGUGUGUCCGUGCGGUGUGAGAAUGACGGCAUGUGUGUGCUGGACGACGCGGCUCAGGCCGUGUGCAGGUGUGUGGUGGGACAGGACUGGUGGCACUACGGAGACAGGUGUCAGUGUAAGAGCUCGACUCAGAGCAGUGUGUUGGCGUCUGUGGUAGUGAUUGUGCUCAUGCUGAUGCUGACGGUGGUCAGUGUGCUGUGCGGUGUGAAGAAACAGCAGAGGAAAGUGCAGCGUGAAGGAGAAGGAAUCGCCAUGAAGAACAUGCACUCGUUCACAUGAAGAGCUGAACGCUCCUCUGAUGUACAUCAUAACUCAUUAAAGACAAACAGUGCUUUGA